GCGUGGAUGAUGGUGAAGAUAUCCCACGAGAAAUGCUGAUUGGGAUUUAUGAGCGAAUCCGCAAGCGGGAACUGAAGACAAAUGAGGAUCAUGUAUCCCAAGUACAGAAGGUUGAAAAACUCAUAGUAGGAAAGAAACCGAUUGGAUCUCUACAUCAUGGACUUGGUUGUGUCCUCUCUCUACCCCACCGGAGGCUUGUUUGCUACUGUAGGUUGUUUGAAGUUCCAGACCCAAAUAAACCUCAGAAGCUUGGAUUGCACCAGCGAGAGAUAUUUUUAUUUAAUGAUCUUCUCGUGGUGACCAAGAUUUUUCAAAAGAAGAAGAACUCAGUUACGUACAGUUUUCGACAGUCCUUUUCUCUCUAUGGAAUGCAAGUUCUUCUUUUUGAAAACCAGUAUUAUCCAAAUGGUAUUCGGCUCACAUCAGCUGUUCCAGGAGCAGAUAUCAAAGUACUAAUAAAUUUCAAUGCACCAAAUCCUCAGGACAGGAAGAAGUUUACGGAUGAUUUGAGGGAGUCAAUUGCAGAGGUUCAGGAAAUGGAAAAGCACAGAAUAGAGUGUAAGUACAAAGCUGAGCUAGAAAAACAGAAGGGUGUGGUGCGUCCAAGCAUGUCUCAAUGCUCCAGUCUGAAAAAAGAUUCUGGCAAUGGCACGCUGAACAGAGCUUGCCUGGAUGACAGCUAUGCUACCGGGGAGGGGCUGAAAAGAAGUGCGCUGAGCAGCUCCCUCCGAGACCUGUCUGAAGCAGGCAAGCGUGGGCGACGCAGCAGUGCAGGAUCGCUAGACAGCAAUAUGGAAGGGUCCAUCAUUAGCAGUCCUCACAUGCGCCGAAGAGCUACAUCAACCCGAGAGUGUCCAUCUUGCCCUCACCAGACUAUGCCUAACUCCUCCUCACUCCUAGGUUCCUUAUUUGGUAGUAAAAGGGGAAAGCCACCUUCCCAAGGCCAUCCACCAUCUGGUUCAUCACAGCAGCCUCCGCACCCUGCAGUAAUCCCCCAUCAGCAGCACUCACAGCAUCCUUCUGCCAUGCAUCACGCAGGGCCGGCUGAGGGGCAGACACAGGCACAAGUGCACUCUCACCAUUCCCAGUACUGCCAUAUGCAGCAGAACCCACCACCCUACCACCACCACCACCACUACCACCCUCCCCAGCAUAUCCAGCACCCGCACCAGUAUCACCAACACGUGCCGCAUUCCCAGCACGCGGCACACUCCCAGCAUACCCCUUACCUGCAGCACCCCCACGCGCCGCACAGCCACUCUCCUCACCCGCCACUGCCCCCUCCACACCCAGGGCACUCUUCUCAUCCCCAGCACUCGCAGCAUCACCAUGGACCGCCUCCACCUCCCUCCACUUCAGCCAGCACUAAGCCCAAACACAGUGGCAUCAGCACAAUAGUCUAG